AUGCCAAAAUUACAGCGACUGGUUGGAGAUGAAGGCACUACCUUUGAGCGACAUUUUUGUACGAUUGCCAUCUGCUGCCCGUCGCGAGUGAGUCUGAUGACAGGCAAGCUGGCACAUAACACCAAUGUCACCGACGUGAAUCCUCCACAUGGUGGAUAUCCGAAAUUCGUGGCAGAGGGACAUAAUGAGAAUUACUUACCCGUCUGGCUUCAGGACGCAGGCUAUAACACCUAUUACACCGGCAAACUUAUGAACUCUCACACACCUUCCAAUUAUAACAAACCAUUCCCUAAAGGUUGGAACGGAACAGACUUUCUGAUGGACCCCUCCACCUAUAGCUACUGGAACUCCACCUUCCAGAGCAACCAUAAUGCACCUGUUGAGUCGGAUGGCUACUCGACCGACUUCAUCUCUAAUUAUGCCCUCAACUUCAUUGAGGAAGCUUAUAGCUCCGACCGCCCAUUCUUCAUCGGAGUUGCUCCUAUCGCACCACACGCAAAGGUAGUUGCUGCUGAAGGCUCGUCAGCCUUCACCUUCCCCGAUCCUGCAGAGCGCCAUCAGGAAAAGUUUGUCGAUGUAAAAGCUCCUCAGGAAGGAGGCAACUUCAACCCUGACACGCCGAGCGGAGCCAGCUGGGUGAUGGAUCUCCCACAGCUAAACUCUAGCCAGCUCUCUUAUUUAGACGAGUAUUAUCGCAAAAGAGUUCGGUCCCUUCAAGCAGUCGAUGAGCUUGUGGAAAGCGUGGUGACAAAACUCGAGGAUUAUGGACUGCUGGAGAAUACCUAUAUAUUUUACACAUCCGACAACGGAUACCAUAUGGGCCAGCAUCGCAUGACCCCUGGCAAGGGCUGUCCUUACGAGGAAGAUAUCAAUGUCCCCAUGAUUAUCCGUGGCCCUGGAGUGCCUAAGGGUCGGACGGUUGAUUUUGUCACCUCGCACACUGAUAUCGCUGCCACUUUGUUUGACCUGGCCGGUAUCCCCUUAAGAGAUGAUUUUGAUGGACUCCCGAUGCCUUUGACUGUUCCUGAGAUACAUAAUGCUAAAUCUGACCCACGUCGGGAGCAUUUGUCCGUUGAAUUUUGGGGCACAAUUAUUGAGGAGGGCGAUAUUGGGCGAGUUUCACCGACUGAAGGUGCUCUCGUCCACAGUAAUAACACCUACAAGGCUAUGCGAGUAAUCGGCGACUCUUAUAACUUUUUCUACUCGGUCUGGUGUACUAAUGAACACGAGCUUUACGAUAUGACGAAUGACCCGUACCAAAUGCGGAAUCUUUUCAACAAUUCUAAGGGCAGGCUACUCGGCCGAGAUAUUAAUCAAGUGAUCUCCCGUCUAGAUGCUCUUUUGCUGGUUCUGAAGAGCUGUAAAGGCUCAGAAUGUACAUUUCCCUGGCAAGUGCUCCAUCCGGAUAAGAAGGUCACAAGCCUUCCUCAAGCACUGCAACCUAAGUUCGACGCGUUCUACGCUGCACAGCCCGAUAUCAGUUUCUCGGCGUGUGAGUUAGGAUACUUGCUGGAGUCGGAGGGACCACAGGAGGGUUAUGCGUAUCGACGCAAUGGACAUUGGAGUAACUGGGUAUAG